CACACAGCAGCAAUGCACUCGCUACGGUUCCUAAGUGCUGAAGUUCUGGUAUCCAAGGCGCAGUUGGUAAGACAGAACUUAAGCCAUCUUGCGCACAACCUUUUUCCUCUUCUUUUUAAGGCAAGCUACUUACAGGAGCAGGUGGAGGUGAUUCAUGACCUGGUAGAGAACUGGCCACUGCCAGAAUUCAAUGUUGGGAAGCUGCUGGGGAAGACAGCUGAUCACCCUGAAGACAUCAGUAACCGAGCCUGUUCUUUGUGUCUGGCCAGCUGCCUAGCUGGUUUGAAAGACUAUGUCCUGAAUUGCUCAUCGCCCUAUGCAAAACGACUCAAAACUGUGGAUUUAACAGGCAUAAAGGAUGUUGAAGUUCAGCUCUGCCCCUGUAGAAAAACAAUGGGACGCUGGGCCCGGACAGAGCUGCUCUCAAGGACCUGCUAUGAUCUGCUGGUUGACAUGCAAGAGUUGCCCUUCCGUCCGGAUGUGUUUGAGAUCUCUAUUGAUGUCUUGGCCGACAUCUUUGUUACUGAACGAAGCUAUGAGGUGGUUGUCCAGGCUCUGCUAAUGAGGUGCCACUGCCCACUCAAAAUCCAUUGCAAAGCCUUCCGGGUGGACAAUCUGGCUCUAAGGAAGCUCUUCUACAUCAUAAAGCUCACAGAACCCUCUUCGCUGGGCAAAUUUGAAGUGGUCCACAAUGUUAGGCUCCAAAUGGAACAUUUGCAAGUGCUUUUUAAUAAUGUCCACUUUCCUAAACUAACAUCACUCACACUGCCAGCUGGGACCUUUGAUGUGAGAAAGUUCACACCAGAGGAUGAAGCCAUUCUUUCAAGAAUUGGGGAAAAGCUCAGCCAGAUGAGUCAGCUGACAGAAGUGAGCCUGGCAUUUUCCACCCUCACAGGACGGAUCCGUAAACUACUCAGUCCUUUGAAGUCCCCACUGAAAAUGCUGGACGUUUCUAACUGUUCACUGAACCAUCUUGACAUGGCUUAUUUAGCCAACAGCCUGCACUCUGAGAGCCUUGAAGCUCUUGAUAUCAGUGGACACGAUGUGGCUGAUUUAUACCCAUCAACCUUCUUCAAGCUUCUGAACCAUUCAUCUCAUACACUGAAAAGUCUCACCCUUGAGGAAUGCAACAUUCAGGACAUUCAUAUCAACAUGCUGAUUUUAGGGUUGGUUCCCUGUCGGAAAUUACAGGAGCUGAAGUUCCUUGGAAAUCCUCUAUCUUCUCGAGCCUUGAAAUGCCUUUUUCAUAUUUUCAUUGAUUUUCCAAGGCUGAAAUAUAUUGAAUUUCCAGUUCCAAGAGAUUGUUAUGCAAAUAACAUCAGUUACCCAAUUGGUGAAAGUGAUCUUUCAAAAUUUGAUCACCAGAAAUAUGAGACAAUAGCCGAAGAACUCAACAUGAUUUUAUUGGAAGCAAAGCGGGAAGACAUCAAGGCUUCUACUCCCCUCUUUGGAGCGUAUGAUGCUGCUAUUCAGGAAACAGGAAAUGAACUGGGAAUUUCUUUGUUGAAGUCAUUCCAAGAUGCCCUACAAAGUUUCAGUAUGGCACUUAAGGAAAAGAGCUGAAGUUUGCAGCUGAACAAGCAUAUACAAACAGAAUGUGAGAGCAUGUGGAGUGUUGAAAACAGGUUACAGCACCAUAAAAUUGAUGUCAUGGUCACCUGCAGAUCUCCCAUAGUUGCUCUAUAAUCAUCCCCCUUUUUACUGGUUUGAGCUUUCAUCAUCUUUAUUUCUUGAUAAAAUCCAGACUAAAAAUAAGACAAAUCACAAAUGUAUAAAGAACUAUACAUGGACAUGGUGUGGCCCACCUGUCCCCCAUUGCACAAUCCAAUGUUAUGCAACACAUUUAGGGAAUUCCAGAGCAAGCCCUAAUGUAGUAAAUGCAAAGCUGUAACCCACCUUGCACCCUUCCUCAUUCAUUUUUAUAGAUCUUUUGGCAAGAAAUUGAAGCCCUCAUUUGCAAAUAAAAUAUCUAACAUGGAUGCUGAAUAGAUGGUUGCUUUAGACUUCUUCAAUAUAUGGUACUUUUCAUUUGAAGAUAAUGAACCAACCUGAGAUUCUACAAUGUCUAUGCACUCAAUAUUAAGGGGAGGUUUUCCUGUCAGCCUUCUUUCUUUUUAUUUGUGGAAUUACCAUUUCAUCCUAGACAGGCCAAUCUACCCACUUUGUCUGAGAGAACAUGAUUAAAUUAAAUGAUUUCUGUGCAUAUGUGAGUUAGAUAAAUGACUGUAGUUCUCUAAUUUUCAAUGCUUAUCUUGGUAUAUCAGAUACUAAGUACAGCAUAUGGCUGAGUAUACACAAGAAAUAUAGAAUAUAUGUAUUUUUGCCUGAUUUUGACUGACUGCUUGUAUAUUUGAUGAUAAUUGCAAAGAAUAACAAGUAUAAUGAAAUGAGUUUUUCUUUUCUUAGAAUUCUUAUUUUUCUGUUUAGCUUCUCAUUCCCUGGCACUUUAUCUGCUAGAUUCACAUCUGGGUCAAAGAGGAAAAUACAAUCCAUGACUUUCCCUCAUCCUCUGGGGAAGAUCUUAUUGCUGAACUGUGAGAACAUGUGGGGCUUGAGAAAGGGAAAAAGAUGUACUCCCAUUCUUCCCCCUCCCCUUUGGGGGAAGGAGGAAUGGAAACUGACCACAUCAAGGAAAGGAGGAACAGAAAGACCCUACAGAAAACACACAACUCCUUCUGCCCAACUUUCUCCCCUCCACUCCAACUACAGAAAGAGCAAAAGUUGCUGACUUGGGAAAAAGUAUUUUUCAAGUGUGGCUGCAGUGACCUCUGUUAUUCCUCUUCCUUUAUCUCAGACCACCUGCCUGUCUGGGGAUUAUAGGUUUGCUUAACUUGCAGCACACUAAUUCACUGUACAGGAUUUGUAGAGAGUCCUCACAGAAGCUCUAGCACAGUGUUUUUCAAACUUGGCAACUUUACCAAGUUUGAAAAACACUGCUCUAGCACAAGGAUGGACAACUUGAAACCCUGAGUCACCUGAGGUCUCCAACCUGUGCUCUUUUUUUCCUGCACUCCUCAAGACUCUGUCUAUAAUUUCUGAAAAUCAAGAGGAGAGUUUUUCACUAAUGUGAGGAUGUAAUGCAUGGAAAGUGAAAUGUAAGCCCUAGAUAGCAUAACAUAAAUGUAUGUUAAGACUCAAAAAAUUCCUUUCGAAAAACAUAAGGGGAAAAAAUCUGGUCCAACCAACAUCUCAGAUACAGCUCUUCCCCUAUUGUGCUGCCUUAUGUGAUCUUUGUCCCUCCCCAGAUGUCCAGUGGAGUGUGUUCCCCAUCGCCAUUGUCCAAAAAAAAAAAAAAAGAUUGCUAAACUCUGGUUCUAGCAGAUGAAUGUCACAAACUCUAGCGUACAGAGUGUACUUGGUUCCCAAGCUUUCAGCAAGAGUGCUAAGGAAGCCCUCUGGACUAUAGAUAUACAACAUACACCUAUAC